GAAACUCACUGUCCAUGCCGCCAGCCUUGCUGGAUCGACACAUGGCAAUGAAUCUCUUCGGAAAAAGAUAUUCCUUGGUUUGGUCACUGUCGAUGGCAGCCGUUGAUACGAAAGCUUACGUGUCCGAGAACGUAUGGACACACCAUCAUCGAUGUGCUCGGCUCUCUUCCAAGAAGGGCAGUCGAAACAUUAUGAACGAGGCAGCCUCACACAAAAUCGGACACAGAAAUUCUGUUCCCGCCUACUCAUUGGCAGACUGUUGUAGUCUAGAACUCAUUCCCAUUACCAAGAAUCGACAGACAUCGUAUCUCGAUCCAGAUUAUACGCAUUCAGCGGGAUCCCAAGCCUGGGCGGCUUUGCACGAACGUUUUACAGAUAAGCAGGCCCGUGAUGCGCUUUUUCAGCCCGAAAUUGUUCUACAGUGUCGCGAGGUUGGGCACAGGAGCCUCCGUGUAUCACUUUCCAACAAAACCGUUGACUGUGAAAUGGAUAUUGCUUUGGUUGGUGUUUUGGCGCGUGUACUUGUCCAAUGGACAUUGGAACCAGACGGUGGCAAACCUACUGGCCAAUCAUGGACCAUUACUCUUACUAUGGAAGAAUCCAGUCUGACUUUGGUAAACGGAGUGGACGACGAAAAUAUGAAGGAAUUGUUCGCUAAGUACCUGGACCUAUCCAGCUCAAGUGUCGAAAUUGUAGAAAUGAUGGACCGGGACGGCAAGAUACUUGGAAAAGUCCCACGAAAUCUUGUGCAUGAAUAUAAUUUGCUGCAUCGAGGCGUCGGCGUUUUCAUUACACGUGACGUGCCCCUCCAGCUCCCGAUCCACGGUGCGAGAAACUCCAGUCCAAGUCCAACUCACCAACCCGACUUGUAUUGCCAUCGCCGAACCUCUACCAAACGGAUUUUUCCUGAUCUCUACGAUAUGUUUGUCGGUGGCGUUGCCCUGGCUGGAGAAGAUUCCCGCAGGACUGCGUUGCGCGAAGUCGGCGAGGAAUUGGGGCUCGCGCAAGGGAACAUUGGCGAUGAGGCCAUCUUAACGUGCGUCGUUUGUACGGGAUACAACCGAUGCGUCGUGGAUCUAUAUUGCUAUGUAAUGAACACAAUGGCCGAAAGGGUAUCGUGGCAAGCGGAAGAAGUGGCGUGGGGGGAUUUUGUUCCUUUCAACGCUGUUCAAGCGUCAGUCGAUUUAUCGAUUCAACGAUUAGUAUCCGACGGAUCUUGGCCCGGACGCUAUCCACCAAUCCAAUCGAGCUAUAAUGGUGUCUUUCCCAAAGACGAAUUUUCAUCGAUCAGAAAUUGGGACUCCUGGGACUACGUUCCCGACGGCUUGCUCGUUUGGGAAGCGUGGUUGCGCUACCUGAAAGAGGAUUGA